AGUGUAUGUCCUAAUUUGUAUUUCCUACUUCCUAUAGCAACUUCAGUUGUUAUGCCAUUUCUCCAGCGUCAUUAUUCUCUUCCUGUCCAUCGUUUUCUGAGAAUUAAGACAAAUCAAUUCUCUGGAACAAGAGAGAGAAAUAAUGGAAACAAGCAAAUUCGGUGAGGCAACGCUGCAAGGCCAAGCGGAGAUUUGGCAAUACAUGUUUAGCUUUGCAGAUUCCAUGGCGCUUAAGUCUGCUGUGGAGCUCCGCAUAGCUGAUAUAAUACACUCUCACGGUGGCGCCAUCACUUUGUCACAAAUAGCUUCAUGCAUUGGCGGCUCUCCUCCUCCGGAUAACUCCUACCUUGCUCGCAUCAUGAGAUUGCUCGUCCGUAGAAAGGUUUUCUCCGUCCAGAAUCCAUCAGACGGUGGAGAGCCUCUGUACGGCCUGACUCUCUCGUCUACAUGGCUUAUACAUGACUCGGACCUAACCCUGGCGCCCAUGGUACUGAUGGAGAACCAUCCAUGGCAAAUGGCUCCUUGGCACUGCUUUAGCGAAUGUGUGAAAGAAGGUGGAAUUGCUUUCAAGAAGGCUCAUGGCCGUGAGAUAUGGGACUUUGCAUCUGAGAAUCCUGAAUUCAACAGGCUUUUUAACGAUGGCAUGGCAUGUACAUCCAAGAUUGUGACCAGGGCAAUUCUGACAGGGUACAAAGAAGGGUUCAGCUGCAUUGGAUCACUGGUUGACGUUGGAGGUGGGAUCGGAGGCUUAAUAUCUGAGAUUGUGAAAGCAAAUCCGCACAUCAAAGGAGUGAACUUCGAUUUGCCUCAUGUAGUCUCAACGGCACCGGCAUACCAUGGGGUCUGCCACGUUGGCGGUGACAUGUUCCAUGCCAUUCCAGAUGCUGAUGCAGUCAUGAUGAAGUGGAUAUUGCAUGAUUGGGGCGAUGAGGAUUGCAUCAAAAUUUUAAGGAACUGCAGGAAAGCAAUACCAAGAGAAAAUGGAAAAGUAAUUAUUGUUGAAUGUGUUCUGAAACCAGAUGGAACGGACCCGUUUGAUGACAUGGGGUUCAUAUUCGAUCUCCUAAUGAUCGCACACUCCUCUGGCGGGAAGGAGAGAACCGAGCUCGAAUGGAAGAAAAUCUUGGAAGAAGGAGGCUUCCCUCGCUAUAAAAUCAUCAACAUUCCUGCCUUUGCAUCCAUCAUCGAGGCGUAUCCCGAAUAGCACGAGAAAUUAAUUUCUUGUUGUUGUUGUUGUUGUUGUUUAUGUUAUGGCAUUUAGCAUAAUGCAUGCAAU